ACCCUCCAUCCUUCACUCAUCACUUCUUUGUUUCAAGUUAGCCUCUGCCACCUCUCAAGGCUAAAAGCACCAUGCAGCAGCUUUUCCCAUUCUCAACCUUUUUUGCAAGCUUUCGUUCUCAUGAGCCUGCUAUUCUCAUUAUGCCAUUGCUAUUCUGCUCUUUGUUGCUGCUGCUACUGCUGCAAAUGUUCCUCCGCUGGUGCCAACCCAGGCACAAACGCCUGCCCCCUGGUUCAAUGGGUUGGCCCUACAUAGGAGAGACCAUCAAGCUCUACACUGAAAACCCAAAUUCCUUCUUUUCGAACAGGCAAAAACGGUAUGGGGAUAUCUUUAAGACCCACAUAUUAGGUUGCCCCUGUGUAAUGAUUUCCAGCCCAGAGGCAGCAAGAAUUGUUCUAGUGAGUCAGGCUCAUCUGUUCAAGCCAACUUAUCCGCCAAGCAAGGAGAAAAUGAUAGGGCCAGAGGCUAUAUUCUUUCAUCAGGGACCCUACCAUUCAAGGCUCAAGAAGCUAGUUCAGGCUUCCUUUCUGCCCUCUGCAAUUAGAGGAUCAGUCUCGGAGAUUGAGCGUAUUGUUCUGAAACUUCUCCCCACUUGGAAGAAUCGCACCAUUAACACCUUGCAAGAGAUGAAGAGGUAUGCUUUUGAAGUGGCAAUGAUUUCGGCAUUCGGAGACAAACUCGACUCAGAAAUGGAAGGAAUAAAAAGUUUGUAUCUGUGCCUUGAGAAGGGCUACAAUUCUAUGCCUCUAAAUCUACCGGGAACUCCCUUUCGCAAGGCAAUGAAGGCAAGGAAGCUUCUGAAUGAGACAUUGAGAAGAUUAAUCGAAAAGAGGAGAGCGGGAUCAGGGAGAAAUGGCGGUGGCUUGUUGGGAGUAUUACUGGGAGCUGCCAAAGACGAGAAGCUCAAUCAGCUUAGCGAUUCUCAAAUUGGAGACAAUAUAAUUGGAGUAAUCUUUGCUGCUCAUGAUACAACUGCAAGUGUCCUUACGUGGGUUCUUAAGUAUUUGCUCGAUAAUGGCAACCUCCUAGAUGCCGUGACGAGGGAACAAGAAGGAAUUCAACGCAAACUAUUUGAGGCAAAUCGUGGACUUACGUGGGAGGAUACUCGGCAAAUGCCGUUGACUGGCCGGGUGAUUCAAGAAACACUGAGAGCUGCAAGCAUACUCUCAUUUACAUUCAGAGAAGCUGUCCAAGAUGUUGAAUUUGGGGGCUACUUUAUCCCCAAGGGUUGGAAGGUUCUACCUCUCUUCAGAACCAUUCAUCACUGUGCUGAGUUCUUCCCACAACCCGAAAAGUUUGACCCUUCAAGAUUCGAGGCGCCACCAAGACCUAACACGUACAUGCCGUUCGGGAAUGGAGUCCAUGCCUGUCCAGGCAGUGAGCUGGCCAAGCUUGAGAUGCUCAUCCUUCUUCACCACCUCAGCACCUCUUACAGGUGGGAAGCUAUGGAACACGAGGAUGGGAUACAAUAUGGCCCUUUCCCGGUACCCAAACGGGGUUUACCUAUAAAGGUAACCCUAAGGAACAAGAAGCAGCCAUGAGUUUAUCAAAAAAAAAAAAAAAAGAAGCAGCCAUGAGCGUACGUGGUGUCUUAAUUCUAAGUUGUUGACGACGACCGGAUGUAAUUGUCCAGUGGGGGACGAAAGCAACUUAUCCCCAUAGAGUACUUUUCCUCUUUGUGUUUUGUAUAUAUAUAUAUAUUUUUUUUCCCAAUCUUUGUCCUUUGGAAUCCUGUGUUUGCAAGCUCUCUAGCUAGCUUGGACGUAUUUCGUCCAUGCAUGCCAGUUAAACGCAGGAUGAUGAUCAGUCGGUGUCAAUGCCAAUGCAUUAUUAAUUAAUAAUGCAUGUGUGUCGUAAGGUAAAUAUAUAUGUUUAUAAAUCUGCGAAGGAAAAAAAAAAUGUUAUCGCAUUAAUAUAUAUAUAUAUAUAUAUGAAAGGUAUAUAUAAUAUCAUGAUGUGUUUGCAUGUGUGAAUCGAAAUGAACUGUCGUGGCUGGGUUUUGAGGAUGAAAUGUAUGUGGCCUUGAUUAA